UGACCGAGCUCUGCACGCCGCCAUUUUGAAACGCCUGAGAAGAUAGAGAGAGAGAGUGUGUGAUGGAAAACAAGGAAAGUGUUGGGAUCCGGAUGUCAAACGUUGAUGCUAGGUCAGGUGAUCCAGAUGCAAAGACUAAUACCAAGCCAGAGAUGAAACAGAAGUGUAAUGACCCCUUGAUUAACGUGAUCCAGAAGCUUACUGCCAUGGUAAAGGGUGAGCAGGCCACUAGGACUCUUGAAGGGAAAAAACGUUCCUACCCGGUAGAAGAGGCAGAGGUCCAGCCGGUGUCCAAGAUGGCCGACCUAGCUGAAGUCAGCACCAAGAGGAUCAAGGAGGAAACUACAGCCAGUACGAUAGAGAGCCCUUCAGCAAGCGGCAGGAAAGUCAUGUUCUACCAGUGCAGCCUCUGCAAGUUUAUCUCUUCUUCUUUUGAAACACUCGCAGCCCACGUGAAAAAUCACGGACAGCAGAACGAAAUCAUUUUAAUGUGCUCAGAGUGCCAUUUGACUUUUAAAUCUCACGGCGAGCUUGAAGCUCAUAUUAAAACGCACUGUGAAAACGAGGUCACUGCACCUUCACAGGUUAAAGACCAGCCACAAGAAGACAAGCCACUCAGUCCAAAUGCCCCCGAGCCAGCAAGAAAGAAAUGGUAUGCCUAUGAAGCGUAUGGACUUUACCGAUGCCUGAUCUGUCGGUACACUUGUGGCCAGCAGAGAAUGUUGAAAACUCAUGCUUGGAAGCACGCUGGGGAGGUCGACUGCUCCUACCCCAUAUUCGAGGAAGAGAAUGAGUCUGCCAGCUUACCAGAUUCCACCGUUGCACACACACCGCAAGGAAGUGAAUCGGUGCUAUCAGAAAAUACAGAGGUGAAGCAGCACGUGCAGAACUCCGGUGCUCAAGAAUGCAGCGCGAUGCCAAAGGACGUUGUGAUAAAAGAGACGGAGACGCAAGUUCAGUCAGCCGCUCCGGGUCCCCUGACAGAAGUAGAUGACGAUGCCGCAUCCGACACCGAUCAAGAUAAUUUGAUCAGAGAGAGCCUGCUCUCGUCCGCUCAGAAAAUAAUCAGCUGUAGCCAAAACACAAAGGGGCACGUGAAUGUUAUUGUGGAACGCCUGCCCGGUGCCGAAGAAACUGGUUCCCAGAAACCUUUUGUGUUAAAUGCAGACGCCGAAGUGAAAAAGAAACUUGAAUCCCACCUUGGUGGGUCUGUCGAACUUUAUCAUGCUGAUAAAAACGUGGUAGAAAGCGAAGAAAUCAUUAUUGGAUGGAGUAACCCUGCAAAGAACAGCUCAGAUUUUGUAGUCUCCGAUGAGAAUUCGCCACCAGUGCGGAGGAGGACAAACUCGGAGUGUUUGAGGCUUCAUUCUUUGGCUGCUGAGGCGCUGGUAACCAUGCCUAUCCAAGUCGUGGAAUGUCCCAAAUACAGCCUACGGCUGAUCAAUGAUCCAGGUUCAGUUGAUCCAGACACUGGGCAGGGAGAUGGUGACAAGAACUAUGGCACUUGUCCCAAUGUGGAAUCCUCUAAGGUCCCCGAGGAACUAAAGGCUCUUAACCAGAAGGAUACAAGAGAGAAAAGUGAGCUGACGCAGACCCCAAUGAAAACGGGGAUAAGCACGUCUUUACUUAAAGUGAUUGAGAAGCUGAGGGAAAGGACUGAUCAGAAUGCCACAGACGAUGACAUUUUGAAAGAGUUGCAGGACAAUGCCCAGAACGAGAACACCAGCGACCUCGGCUCUAACAAUGGCCUCGUGGAGUACUUGCCUUGCGCUGAACGCCCUUACCGAUGCCGCCUGUGCCAUUACACCAGUGACAAUAAAGGUUACAUUAAGCAGCACUUGCGCGUUCAUCGGCAGAGGCAGCCUUACCAGUGCCCGAUAUGUGAGCACAUAGCAGAAAACAGCGGUGACUUGGAGAACCACAUGAUCAACCAUUGUAAGGCGAUCAAAUAUGAAUGCAAGAAUUGCAAUGAAUCCUUUUAUUACAAGAGCCAGCUGAGGACUCAUGAGAGGGAGCACCGGAAACUUUUAGACUCUGGUUCUUCUGCCACUGAUGACCCACAGCUCUGUACAGAGGAGGCAGACGAGCAAUAUUCCCCGGAAGGUGGUAACAAAUCCAGCAUGUCAAAGGUGUAUCGGUGUGACGUCUGCAGCUACACUAGUCCCACGUACGUUGGUGUUCGCAAUCACAUAAGAAUUCAUACUUCCGACAAGCCAUAUAGGUGUUCGCUGUGUGGCUAUGUUUGCAGUCACCCUCCAUCCUUGAAAUCGCACAUGUGGAAGCAUGCCAGUGAUCAGAACUACAACUACGAGCAAGUAAACAAAGCCAUCAAUGAAGCAAUGUCACAGAGUACUCGGCCUCAGCGAGACCCACUGAAAAAGCUGACGCCAGAAGACUCCUCCACCGCAGUGGACAGCGACACGCUCACUUCUGCGAGUCGCCCAGCGCCGGAAGUAACAGGUUACAUCGAGAACCAAAACGUCAGCCAGUCACAAAGUAGCUUGUGCAGCAAUGAAAAAUUACAAAGCCAGGUGAGGCCCGGGACCGAGCUUUGCGUUCUGCUCUUUUGCUGUUGCAUUUGUGGGUUCGAGUCCACCAGUAAGGAACUUCUGAUGGAACACAUGAAAGCACACGAGGGAGAGAUCAUCAACAUCAUAUUGAACAAGUCUGAAUCCACAUCCUGAAUUUGGAGCUCUGCAUCGCCUAGGCCUGAGAUCCAGAUGUCUUGUGGAGUCUGUAACUUAUUAUUUUUCUUUA